AUGCCUUUCGGUUGGGGCGAAUCUGAGCAGUCCUACGACCGCGUCUACAACAACGACAACUUCGAGGAGCACAAGUCCAGCUUGGGCCACGAGGUCGUUGCUGGUGGAGCAGCCUUCGCCGGCUUCAAGGCUUUCGAGGAUCACCAGCGCAAGGAGGGCAAGCCCGUGUCCCACGCUUUCGCCAAGGAGAUGCUUGCCGGCUUCGCCGCCGCCGAGGUAGACAAGCUCGCCGAGACCAAGGGCGAGGAUUGGUUCGACAAGGAGAAGGCGAAGCAUGAGGCCAAGAGGGGUGCUGAGCGGAUGUACGAUGAGCACUACAUCGACAACCAGAACGCCGAUCAGUAUGAUCCAAACCAGUACGGUCGCCCGGACAGGAUUGACCAGCGCGGGUGGUCAGCUGAUCGCAUUUCUUCAGUUCUCAUCACCAUCGCACGUGGGCUCGAAACUGCUUAUUGCUGGUUGAGACGAAACGUCGUGCCCAGGGAACUGGAACGGGACCUCGUUCCUGAAUGGCGACUGAAAUACCUGGAUUACAAGCAAGGCAAAAAGAAGCUCAAAGCCAUCAGCCGCGCCCUUCGAAACGUCACCCAGACCCCGGGCAUUCGCCGCCGUGCCACGAACGCCUUCACGCCCUCGCCCUUCAACUCCGCGCCGAAAUACUCAUUCCUGAACCGCAACCAUGGCCGGGACACGGGCAGCGCAAGAGAACCCGGGGACUUGCGGGCUCUCGCCAUAAGAAACAGCCAGAACAGUCUGAGGGCGAAACCCAAUGGAAAUCAUUCGACCCUAUCUCUCGGGGCUGGGAACCCGGAAGAGGCGCCGCUGAAUGCGCGAGAGGACUCACAGUUCCCCGGCUUGACCAGAUAUGGCAGUAUCAUUGGGUCACCUCCUAACGAAGGACGGUCUACGAGAGCGAAGGCCCCGCCUUCUUUAAAGCUGCCGGGCGCUGCCUUGGACCCCGAAAAUGUUUCGCCGAGGGUAGGGCCUUCGACAGCCCCAAUCAAGAAGAGCAAGUCGGUCACGCUACCCCCAAAUGGCGAGACAGGGACGGAGAUAGACAAUGCAUUUGAAGUGGGGAGGACUAAAUCGCCACCGGCCUCGAAUUCCCUACCGGCGAGGUACAGGAGCAUUUUCAGCCCAAAGCGCAUGAACUCGUCGCCUGGCACGCCCACUGGCCAAGCUCCUAGACCACUCCUGAAGCGCGUCUUCUCCAUGACGCAUGGAACACCGCCCCCUAGUCCUGGCGAUGUGCCGCUGGAAGCCUAUCGUGAGUUUGACAUUCGGCAAGCGGAAUUCUUCCAUUUCCUGGACAUGGAGCUAGAGAAGAUCGAAGCUUUCUACAAGCAGAAAGAGGACGAAGCCACUGAGCGGCUAGCCGUCUUAAGAGAACAACUACAUGUGAUGCGCGACCGCCGUCUGGAUGAGCUCAUCAAACGUCAGGCUGCAAAAGUGAAGGCGAAGGAAAAGAAGAAGGACGAUGCACUUGCGGGCUUAAUGAAUGGGCACGGAACCAACUCUGUCGAGGGUGCGCCACAAGGGAAGACCCUCGACCUAUCUUGGCUGAAUCCCAUUGAUUCCGCUCUCCAUGCCGUGCAAGCGGGAAAGUACGGCAAAAGUACGAAGGCCAUGCAAGAUCUGGCGACACCAUCCGCUUUGAGACCCCAGCAACUGGAUGAUCGCCGCGACUACGUCCGCCGUCCGGAACUACCUGAAGUACCCUAUCAGACAGCAAAGCGGAAGCUCAAAGUCGCUCUUCAGGAAUACUAUCGAGGGCUGGAGCUCCUCAAGUCAUAUGCUCUACUUAACCGAACCGCCUUUCGCAAGAUCAAUAAGAAGUACGAUAAGACCGUCAAUGCUCGGCCUUCGCUGCGCUAUAUGACUGAGAAGAUAAACAAAGCUUGGUUCGUAAAUAGCGACGUUAUUGAAGGCCAUAUCCGAGCCACGGAGGAUCUGUAUGCUAGAUACUUCGAAAACGGCAACCACAAGGUCGCCAUCAACAAGCUUCGCAUCAAGAUCGUCCGAGCUGGCGACUACAACGAGAACUCGUUCCGAAACGGCCUAGCACUGGCCACAGGCGCCAUUUUCGGCAUCCAGGGCAUUAUCAAAGGCUACGAACUGCUCCUGUCGGAUGACCAUACGCUCGCAACAAAUACGAGUUAUCUCUUUCAGACUGUCGAGUCUGAUUGGAGGCAACUUUCCGAACUUCCUUGUUUCUUCAUCUUCCUCUUAGGUUUCUUCGUCUGGCUGAAUUUCAACCAAUAUGGCAGCGAGUCGGUCUUUCUGUACUUUCCUGUGAUACUCCUUAGUAUAUCAACGGUCCUGUUAUUCAACCCUUUUCCAGUGUUGUACUAUAGGAGCCGCUUCUGGCUCAUAUAUUCCAUGUGGCGCUUGUUAUGUGCAGGAUUCUAUCCCGUCGAAUGGCGAGACUUCUACAUGGGAGACAUGUUCUGCUCUCUGACGCACAGCAUGGGAAACAUAGAGCUAUUUUUCUGUCUCUAUGCCAAUCAAUGGAGCAACCCAGUCCAAUGUAACUCAUCGCACUCUCGCCUCCUUGGUUUCUUCGCCACCCUGCCCGGCAUUUGGCGUGCACUCCAAUGCAUCCGACGUUACUACGACACCGGAAAUGCCUUCCCGCAUCUUGUCAAUUGCGGGAAGUAUACAGCAACCAUUAUCUACUACGUCACGCUCAGCAUUUACCGCAUCGAGAAGACAUCGCAGAACCAAGCCAUCUUCAUCACCUUCGCUACCAUAAACGGAAUUUACACCAGCUUCUGGGAUGUCUACUACGACUGGAGCCUGGGCGAUCCGAGUGCGAAAUACCCCUUCCUUCGCCAGACCCUCGGGUACAAGAAGAUCUGGAUGUACUACGUUGCGAUCGUCAUAGACCCUAUAUUGCGCUUCAACUGGAUCCUUUACGUCAUUCUUCCACGGCAACUUCAACAAUCAGCCCUCACCUCGUUCUUCAUCGCGCUGUCGGAGGUUUGCAGGAGAGGUAUGUGGUCGCUCUUCCGUGUCGAGAACGAACACUGCUCCAACGUUGGCCACUUCCGCGCUAGUCGCGAUGUGCCCCUCCCUUAUGAGAUCCCAUCGAGUCCUGAAGUCUCAGGUCGCCCUUCAGGCGAAACAGAAGCAAGACCCGAAGGAGAGCAGCUGAGCCCACAUCUCCGCCGCACAUCCACUGCGCCUACGGCCUCUGGCGUAGACCUCGAAACCGGUGGCACACGCCCCUCCCCACAUCGCCGCCGCGCAACUUCCUUCGCUGCUCCCCCCGGCGGGCAACAAGAAAGCCCCAUUGCGCGCGGACUCACACGUAUGGGCACCAUCAUCCGCGACGCACACGCACAAGAUUUUGAACGCAAACGUAAGCCCGAGCUUGGCACUCACACCAGUAGCAAGGUUGACGAAGAGACGGAUGAUGAGGACGAAGAUGGCGAUGAGCACAGUGCAGAGGAGGGCAGUCGCGCGGUGAGCCCGGGGACGAGGUACGGUGAGGGAGAUGAGUAUGCUGAUAUUGAUGCGGAGGAUGACAGGGAGAUAAGAGAAAUUAGGGAGCAAGUUGCGGCUGGAAUGGAGGGGGAGGCAGAGAGUGGCGAGCCGCCCGGAGAGAGGCUGUCAUAA